AUGGAAAUGGAGGGAAGAGGUUAUUCAGAUUUCUAUAGAAACACAAGUGAAGAAUUGUUCAUAAGAACUAUGAUGGACAACUCAGUAGGAGGAGUGCCAGUUCCUACAAUGGAGAUGUUAGGUUUUAGAAACAUCCCUCAUUCUCUUCGAACCGACAGUGAGGAACUUUUCAAAAGCUGGCUCACAAGUGCAGAGAAUAAUGGCAGUGAUUCUACACCAAUGGCUCGUGGUCGACAAGGAUCACGAAGGAUCUCCAGUGAACUUGCUGGUCUAUCCAGUCAGCAAAAUGAGGGGAUUCAGAAAAGAAAAAUGGCCGAUACUCAACAGCCACAGAAUACAUGUACUGCCAUUGAAUCAUCUAGCAACCUUAAUAAACAUUCAACCAGGAACGCGACAGAUAGGGAAAUGCAAGCUAGUAAUCUGUUUUUAGCCAAGACCUGGUUCCAUAGCUCUCAGCCCAUGACGAGAAGUCGUUCAUCUGAGUUAAGGAGGAGGUAUGCAGCCAUGCAAAACUCACAGUCUUCACUAGCUCGUGAAUCCUUGCAAAAUAUACCUGGAAAUGCUGUUAAUAGCUUCAAAGAAGAAGUUUCUCAUCCCACUGGGUACACUGACAUGUCAAUGUGUGAAAUGACCAACCAACCUAAUACUUUUAUGUCUCCAUCAAAUUCUUCUUCAUCAACUUUUGAAGCACAGCAAGUGGAUGGUGUGGAUAAUAUUUCUUCUGUUGUAAGCAUGCUAAAGGGGACCUUAGAGAGGAAGAAAUUGACAAACUAUCAUACUGCGAGGGAAGCCAUUGAGGAGAAUAUGUUGGGGUGUUAUGGUAAUCAAGAAAUCUUUUGUAACUCCGACAUGAAUCAACAUCCAGGGAAUCAUAUUUCUCUGAAUCAAGGGACAUAUCAGGACACACCUGUUGUUCAAGUCAGAGAUACGGGGAUCCCACAAACAGUUCAAGGGUCAUUAGAUGCCGUCUUAGAAAGUAUUAUGGCUCCCUCAAACCCAAUCCAGAUAGACAUGGUAACACAGGAACCUUCUCAAAGUGGAUCUUCUGUUGCAGCACCAAUACUUUCAAUUGAUUUUGAUGCAUAUGAUGGCCUGAGCAAUGCAAGUCAAGCUUUAAAUAUGUACGAGGGCUGUAGAAAUCAAGUCGGAUAUGGAAGGAGCUCAGAAAAUGGUUCAACUGCUAGAGAUAUUAGAGAACGAAUAUAUGACAACGUGAAGGACAACCAAAAGAAAGAAGGUUUAGUUCGAAAUGGAUCUUUAACAUCUGUACAAUCAGCGGAAAAUGGAGAUCCUAAGAAGAAGAGAAGGGUGGAGCGGUCUCGGAAAAUGGCAGAAGCCAAAGAGAGAAAUUUAACACCAGCAAUUCCUUCAGAUAUGCAAUCCCUUGUGAAGCGCUGUGACAAUCUGGAGAAGGAAGUUCGUUCACUUAAACUUAACCUGGCGUUUAUGAACAGAAAGGAUUCUGAACAGACUACACAAAUUGAAGAGCUGCAGAAGCAGAAUGAGGAUUUGGUCAAGGAAAAAGAGCGCCUUCUUGGAGAAAUCGAGAGGAUCAUUUCAGAAUCUGGAAAGUUUUAGAUACUGUUACUCUUUAGCAGCUUCAGACGUGUUU